UAAACAUAUUAAACCACCAGCUGCUUCGACCCAAACUCUCUCAAUCUUGAUGGCUUCAAUCAUGCUGGCGCCAAAAUGGGUGGCUCUGCAUUGUCUUCUUCUGUUAGUUUUAUCAGCAAACGUAGCAUUUUGUGGGGAGCCAGUCAAGCAUUUGCCUGGCUUUGACGGUGAACUUCCCUUCAACUUCCAAACUGGAUACAUCAGCGUGAAUAAUUCUGAAUAUUUCUACUACUUCAUUGAGUCCCAAGGAGAUCCUGCAACUGAUCCUCUCUUUUUCUGGUUCACUGGAGGCCCUGGUUGUUCUUCCUUGAGUGGAAUCGUUUAUGAGAUUGGUCCUAUACAGUUUGAUAUUCACAACUACAAUGGAGGAUUACCAAGAUUACUCUAUUACCCAUACACUUGGACAAAGACAGCUAGCUUUGUGUAUGUCGAUUCUCCCGUGGGUUCUGGUUUUUCUUAUUCAACAUCUUCGAAUUGGUCAACUUCUGAUACUAAAUCAACAGAAGAAGCUUCUGAGCUUGUGAGAAAGUGGUUGAUAGAACACCCACAAUAUCUCAAUCUGCGAUUGUUCAUUGGAGGUGAUUCUUACUCUGGUCUCAUUGUUCCAGGAAUUACCAAGAAACUUAUUGAAGAUAAUGAUGCCAACGUGGAGCCACACUUGAAUGUCACGGGUUAUUUGGUCGGAAGCCCUACCACAGAUCAGCAUAUCAACGUGAAUUCAAGAGUCAUCUUAGCUCAUCGAUUGGCUCUUGUAUCAGACCAACUCUACCAGGAACUGAAAAUAAGUUGCAAGCAGAACUUUGUUGACGUGGAUCCAUCCAACACGGCUUGUCUUACUGCUCUCUCCAAAUACGAAAAGAACAUAGAAGAAAUAUGGACUAAUUGCCCAUUGGAACCAAAUUGUGCAUUUGCAUCUCCAAGGCCAGAACUCCCACUAAGUGUUCGAAGAUCGCUUGCAGAUCAAAGUAGUGAUGAACGACAAUUUCUGCUUUCACCACCAAAAGUUCCCUCAGAUCUUUGGUGUCGGGCUUUUAACUACGCAUUAGCUUACAAUUGGGCAAAUGAUCCUGGUGUCCAAGAAGCCUUGCACGUUAGAAAGGGUAAAGUGAAGUUCUGGUCAAGGUGCAACCGGACAAUCUCAUACACAAAAGAUGUUCAGAGUGUUAUUGAUGUUCACAUGUGGCUCAGUCAGAGGCCCUUGGAAGUUCUUCUCGAAGUUGGAGACCAUGACUUGGUGGUGCCAAUCGUGGCAACACAAACAUGGCUUAAGAUUCUAAACUUGACUGUCUCUUAUAAUUGGAGACCUUGGUACGUGGAUGGUCAAGUUGCAGGAUAUACCAAAAAGUUCGAUGAGGAGGCGUAUGGAUAUCGAUUAACAUAUGCAACAGUAAAGGGUGGUGGUCACACAGCUCCGGAAUAUUACCGUAGAGAAUGUUAUGAGAUGUUUCAAAGGUGGCUCCAUUUCUAUCCGUUGUAAUGUAAUUCAAUGAUUAAGAAUUCAGAUUCUGUUUUUAAUUAAGAAUUUAGAUUUUGUAUAAUUUCGUACAACCCAUCUUGUCGUCACUGGUCUAUGCUAAUAAUGUAUGUAUUAUUGUUUCUACUCAUUUAUGCAUUAAAUCGUUACCCACA